AAAACAAUUUCACCUAUUUGUUUGGAUUAAAUUCCUCUAUUAAACUGCUUGCUCACAAGCGAUCUUUGUGCGUGCGUUAAGAGUAGAUCAGCGAAUGUCUUCGUUGCAUUGGGUUUGAUCCUUUAGACACAUAGAAGCACAUCGACCAUGCUGCCAUCAGUCAGAAAUACCGAGAUGAGAUGAUGAGCAAGACAGAGAAGGAGAGAGAAAAAGGAAGAGAAAGAGAGAGAAGAAUGGGAGGAAGAAAGGGGUUUGGACACUGCAUAACAAUCCACACCAUCAAAUGUGUUGUCUGCAAUCCUCUGGUGGACAAGAUUGUGUGCUGAAAAUGUCAUUUGAAAGAAGCCCACAAACAAUGCUGCGUGUUGUAUCUUGUCAACACUGAGAAUCCUAACUCGUGAUUGGCACACAUACAGGGAAAGGCGUACAGACGGGCGCAAGUGGAGGGAGAGUCAAAGAAACUCCAUUUUGCUUCGCGCCCCUAUUUCACCGCCGCGUGUCGCAAAUUGUCGGGGGAACGGAUGGGUGGUGGUAGAACAUUUUGAGUUGAUCGUAAUUAGAAGAGUAAGAACUACACCAUCCCAAACAGCCAAACAUACACAGACACACACACUCAAACACACUCCCAGACACUACACGCACGCUUGUGUGUAGUAGGAGUGAGUGGUGUGUCCUUCUCCGCACGGGAGAAGGGAGGGAUGGAUGGAUUUCUUUUUGCGUUUGUCGUUUAUUAGUGUUGCCAGUUUGGUUCGCCCUGCAAAACCGGUGGGAAACCGAUCGUCCGUGCCCUACGAACAUGGUGGUACGAACGAUCGGUGGCGAUCGGUGUGCGGUGGGGAAGAAACUUUGCGCGACCGAAACAGUAAAGUGAAAUUUCUAAAUUACUAAUCAAAGCCGGCGGGAAAAUAAUAGGGGCUUGCCAGCACGCGAGAUAGCGAUGCAGAACGAUGGAUGGUGUGUGGUCGUGGUUUGUAGGGUGGACAUUUUCACCUUUGCAGCGCUAUGUCUCAAUCAGACGGGGAAAACAUGGUUCGAUGAGGAUGCGCACCGUGUAAGAAGAAGAGUUUUAACGAUUGUUUCACUCGUUUGGUUUAUUUUAUUUCGAGUUUUUGCUACAUGUCAUGUUUUACAUAUUUAUGCUUAGUUUAAUAUUAAUUUGAAUGUUCUCGUUCUUUUCUCUAGUCAAGUUUUCUGUUUUACAUUGCUUUUCUUAUUGUCCUGUUCUUUUUAAUGAAGUUAAUGUUUGAAGUAAUUUUUUAAUUGUUAGUUUUUGGGUUUGCGUGAAAGUCUUUUUCUUCACCUCUUGCAUGGUGUCAUCACAUCCUCAUGUAUGCCACUUUUCCCAUGAAUAUCGUGAUAAAAAGGAUGCAUGUAGUAAAAGCCGAUCGAGCAAUAGCAUCCUUAAACGAGUACGAGUUGUAUUAUCACAUUAUUAGCAAAGCCAAACCAAAUAAGACAAACAAAACUAUAAAAAAAAACACACACACACUCACACAUCCAGAUCGUUCACGAGCUGGCUGCAAUGGAGCCCGUUUUGUAUCAUAUAAAGUAGAAUUUAAACACACAUAAGGCACAAAAAUUACCUACACGAAGUUACACGAGCAGUAGAACUACACCCAAACUUCGAUUUCAAACGAAUUCGACCCUUCUUCCUGUGAAAUCUGUGCUAGAAAAUCUGAAAAUCUAUGAAACCAUCAUAUAAAAUUACUCCUCAGAAAAUCCUUAUCAAAACUAGUAAAAUGGGUGCAAAAACCGUAAAAACGAAAAAAAAAACACUGUAACAGCAGAAAGAACAUCCCAAUCUAACAACAACAACCAAAAAAAUGGGGCAAAAUGUGAAGCAAAUGCGCAUUACUAUCACCAGCGGCAUUGACUGUGAUAUAUAAAGCAAAAUGAAAUAUUAUUAAAACAAAACCGUUAAACUAGCCAAUACAAAUGCCACACUCUAGCAUCGGGAAGCCACUCUCUGGGCUGCCAGCUGAGUUCAGGAACGAAUUGAAGGAAAUACACAAACUCGGUUCUACCAUCUGAAAUGGAUAAAGCUUUGCCAAUAAGAUCGAGAAAAAUGUCAAAUGAAACGGCAAAUCAGUGAAGCAAAACUGAUCAUUUAAAUUGUGUCAAAGUGGAUUAAAUUCCUUUGCGUUGGAUUGAUGUAUUGACUUUAUCUGAACCAGUUGGCACAAUCAAUCGAGUCGAGCACAAAAGCGUUAGAAUGUCAAAUAAAUUGAAGAAAAGAUUUAAUGAAAUUUUUAUUUAAAUGGUGCUCUAGCAAUCAAUAAGAUUAGUUGAAAUAUAUUGUUAAUACUAUAGCGAAAACUAAUUCUUUCAAGUACCAUUAUACGUUAGUUGACCGCAGAGGGUGGAUAGUAUAACUUGAAUAUUUUUUUGCAUUAAAGUCAUUUAUAAACGUUUUAAAAUACAUCGUUAAAUCAUUUUAUUGAUUUAAUUUCUGCUAAUUUUCAGAAUUUCAACGCGCCAGCAUGAUGGAAAGGAACUUAAAGUCGCAUUUCUUAUUAAAAUGUAACGAAUUCAAAGUUUGAUAUUCGACCGUAAGAGUAAGGAACAAACGAAUGAAGGUCGGAAACGGCAAAUCUUUAACCCUGUGCAUGCGCGAGAAGCAACUCCCGGCAGUAGGUUCCAGAGCUAGGCUAAACCGUUCGCAAAUUAAAUGCUGAAAUUAAAUUGCCAUCGAUUUGUGCGUAACUUGCUGCAUUUUAUCACCGACAGGAGGAGACGAAAGAUAAUGUUUUAGCAGAAUUGUUUUGCUUUGUUUAAAUGUUCGUAGAUUACUGUGACCUAUAGUUUAUCAUACCUUCACCCAUCCAGCACGUACCAUUCAGUCAGUAAAAGGGUGAAGUAAACUAAGGUCGAAGGUUAGUUGGUUUUGUGUAACGAUCACUCGAUCUUGACUAGGCGUGUUUUCCACUAGUGAUUUAAAGUUGUGUUAAAUAUGCUAACCUGUUUGAGCUGAGUUCGUUUCCUAUUGCCAACUCACCUAUUAAGCUCAUUUGAUCGUUCAGAGUUUAUUGUCUAGUUUGGACGUGUUAAUAGUGUGGUUUUGCAGCACCGUCAACUAAUUUAGUGCUUUUCACUUGUCACCUUUUACUCGUUACUCAUGCCCAUUUGCUACGCAUUUUGUUUCGACAUCACGCAAACGCAGCUCACACUUUUCCACACUGUUAAUCGCACCUGUACGCGUGCUUUCCUGCCCCACAUUUCAAAGCUUCACGGAAAAUAGCGCAUGUAGUUCUAGCUCGUGUAAGGUAGCGUGUUUUGGGUGCAGUGUGCUGCUGCGAUGCUGCAGGAUAUCUGGACGACUAACGACUGUGCGGGACACAAGAGACACACAUGACAAAACGUGAUAUAUAGUGGAGACGCGAAUGCCCCACCCCGCCCCUCAUUGGGUCUCCCGUGUUAGGGCGUAUAUAUGUUAGGGCGAAUUAAAAGCACGGUCGUACAGACACAAAACAAAACUAAUAAUAAUAGUAAUUAUUAUAAUAAUACCUAGGCACGCGUUCAACGAUAUACAAACCGCGCAAUUUCCUAUCCAAUCCAGACCCGCCCUCGGAUGCUCAUAUUAUUUUGAGCAUCGCGAGCGACAAUCGGGUGUGGGCGGUGUGUACAGAGAGUAUCUUCCCAAAGGCUCGUGUACGGUGUACACGAGCGGGGCCCCAAACGGGGAAGGACGGCGAGGACGCCUCCCCUUUCCCGUAUAUAAUUUUCUGGCGUGUGCGUUUGUGUGAGUGAGAGGUAAUUCCACGACACAAGAACUAGCAAACCCCCCUCGUAAUGCAUACACUUUCAAUCAAUUAUGAAUAAAUAAGCCGAUAGUUAAUUCACAGUAAAUUAAAUUUACCCGAUCGGAUGGGAAAGGGGUGAAAAUAGGAGCAAAAGUGGAGACGUAUAAAAAUGGAAAAAGAAAAAAGUAAUAAAAGUAAAUAUUAAAUAAAACAAGACCGAUUGGCUGAGACAAACGAGACAGCAACAGCUCCUUGACUACCCGGGCAAAACAGUAUAGCAAAAGAGAAGCUGGCCCGUAAUAAUUAAUAAUUAAUAAAUAAAUUAAUAUUAAAAUAAACAUAUAAAUAUACCUAUAAAACUAGUUAUACAUUACGCAUUACGCAUUAACACCUAAUUAUAGAGAAAAAAAACAAUGAAUUACUAAGGUAUAAUAAAAAAAAAAUCGUACCAUUGAGCGCUCCGUCGCACAUGGUCUUACAUCAACUGGCUGGUGGACGGUGGGGAAUUGCGGGCGCGAUCGGCAAAAGUCCUUGGUAGGUAGCUAAUCCUUCAGUUUUUUUGUACGGUCCGUCGGGCAACCCCCCGUUCCAAUACGAGCAAAUCGAGCGUUUUUGAGCGUGAAUUAUAGCACCCCCCCCCCCCCACCCCCCUUCCACUUUCGGUGGACCGACUAGGUCUCCCUCAGACCGCGCGGGCGGUGUUGGGUGCGCGUGUCGCGGAGGCAGGCCGCUUUCCGACCGCGCCAGCCCAAUAAUCGGCCCGCGGGUACAGGGGAUACCGAAAGGUUGCUGAAAUAUUUAAGAAAUUCUAUGAAUUUUUGCAUAAAACAAGUAAACGUAAACCAAAAUUGUAAAGUUGAGCUAGCGCGUAAGAAACAUAAUCAAUUCUUUAUAGCAGGUACGGUGGUGUGUCGGGUCGAACGAUAGUAGUAAACGUUAAUUGAGCAAGAAAGGAAGAGAGAGAGAGAGAAAGAGAGAGGGAGUUUGAGAGAGAUAAAGAUAGUUAUAUAUAUAAUGCAUAAGAAACCAAAUCGGAAUGAAAAUCCUUUCACUCACUAGAAUUAACUCCUAGACUAGAGAAGGAAAUUGAAAUACGUCAGGACAUUGAGUGCGAAACGGUGCCCUUUUUGCCAGGUGUAGCUCCCGUUGUACUAUUGACAGUGUGAGAGAGAGAGAGAGAAAAAAAAAGGAAAACAAAAAUAAAUCCCAAGCAAAGAAAGUAUAGCUGAUAGGUGGCUGAAGUACUCUACACACACACAUUUAGUAGUAGAUAAGAAACGGGGUGAGAUAAAUGGAUAAAAAAACGAAGGACAACACACGAUACACACAAUGACGAUAUUGUUGAGUGAGCGAAAUUUUCGAAAAUUAAUCGUAUUACAAAUUAAAAACACAAAACCACACUCCCACACAUAGAAGCGGUCGGUCAUGAUCGGUGCAAGUAAGCGAUAGUUUAGUAGACCGGCAGUAGGAAAAAUUCGAAUGAAUGACAGGGAUUAAGGUCCCCCCCCCCCCAGAAUGGACACAAAACAAACUGCAAGAAAACAUUUCCCUUUAAAGCGUAAGAGGAAGUAACAAAAAAAAAAAACAAUUACAACAAAUCCCAGGAACGAAAUGAUGCACGGGAAUGCGAACGAAAUUACACAACUUUACUGUAUAAGGUUUUGCUGAGCAUUGCAAGAGUUUAAAAUUUAAUUACCAAAACAAAAACCAAAUCAACUGAGAGCAUGAGAAUUACCUGCGAAAUUGUGUGCCAAGCUGAAAACCCGCGGCCAAACGGUACUGUUGUCUCUAGGGACCUGGGAAACAGAGAGAGAGGAGAGCUGAAGGGGGUCAAGGUUGGAAUGGCAUACAGUACGGUUGGCCAGAUUUGGCCAAAUCGGCCCCAGCACACUGGGGCACGUGAGGGGCUUGGGAUAGGCAAAAUUUAAGUCAAUGAAUAUUCAAAAUUUAAAACCAGUAAGUAAACCAACUUUUCGCAUCUUAAACACGUGAAAACACACACUCACAUACACACACACACACACUUUGCAUCAUUUUCAUAGGCAAAUUUUGAAACCAAAACUUCUUCUCCCGCAAUGGAAAUUGCAGCACAACACCACGCCUCUUCUUAUUGCAAUCGUUUCAUCCAUUGCCAAGAAUUCGAUACAUUUUCCUACUUCAGUGAGUGAGUUUCGUCAACGUCAUGCAGGGCAGGAGUAAGCGGUGUACCAGCAGAGAUAAGGUCAAAGCAAGUUAGGUAUUAAAAAAAAUCCUCAAAGAAGCAAAUGAAAAACAAAUUGAGCAACUAAAUCCCGUAAUUUAAUCGAAUUUCUCCCUUAAGAGCCAACAAACGCACCAUUUAAAAGCAAACACAAACACACAAUCGGUAUGCAUCAACACAAACAAUUCUGGAAACACAAACACACAACACUACAGCAAAUAAAACGACUCAGUUUAAACAUUUAGAGAGUCACUAACUGGCGAAAGUAACUGUAAGACAGGAUUAGAAGUGAACAGAAAGGUACUGGGGGCGGAGUAGAGAUAAUGUUCCUUUUCCUGAGAAUUAAACACGCACCACCACAACUGCAACCCAACGGGGCAAUGAAUCCUUCUGCACAUGAUCCUUAAAAAAAAAAAAAACAAAAACAAUGUACCAUAUCAUUCAUUGGGAAUUAUUACAAUGUAAGUUUAAUCGUGACGAUUCGUACGAUCGCUACCGAAUGACCGAUUUCUAUCCCAACGAAGUGCGCGCAAUGGAUAGCUGUAACUGUCACCUUCCGGAUAGGGCUUCCUCCGUAGGUCGGUUCACCCACCACAUGCCCACCCAUCGUACUAGACUAGCACAGAACCACUGAACCCACACAUGCUUCCCCUUCGCACUAGUAACGCGCCAAGCAAACGAUACGUUAAGACGCCACCUUCUUUCCCCGUAGGCUAGCUUCAUUUGACCACCGUUGUAAAUCGUACGUAAUUGAGUAACUGACUGAGGCUGAGGAAUUUUCAUCCCUUAUCCCACCCCGCCCCAAACAGGUCGUCAAACUUUAGCACAAGGACAGAAAACAAGGCGCAGAUAGUUUACCAUUGCUUUUUUCCCCCACCCCAAUCGGUUUGUGAGUGGCUUCCACGGUGCCAGUAAGUUUCACCGCCAGAAUUGGACCGCCAUUUAUAUGUAGUAUAUACCACGUUCCCCGACCUUUUUUGGGUGAGGAAUCCGGUUGUCGGAGAGAGAGAAAAAAGCGGUGCGGAAAGGGAAUUAGAUGUCCCUCCCAACCCUGGAUCAGGACAGGAGCAGAUGAGGUAGGAUUAUGUAGAGUUUUUUAAUCACUCCUUGCUGGGUGAUGUUUUAUUAGGUCCCAGACCAUAGCCGGUAACUGGCCGAACAAAUGGACGGUUUACUUUUUCAUACUUCCUUUCCUUCUCUCUCUCUCUCUCUCUCUCUCUCACUGACCAUUUUGGAUUUGGAAGAAGUUUAGCGUUUCGAUUUUGUUUUCAACCGAUUCCGAUUUGAAUAAACCACUGUCCACGCGUAUACUUUGGAGCAGUUUUACACCAUCGGUAGCAUAAACAAACCCGAACAUUGUCUGAUUGCUCUCCCUAGCAAGCAGGCAUGUUUUGAAAAGCUCUUGUCAACAAUCCCUUCUCCACUUCCAUUAGUUCCAAACCUACAACGACUCCGGCGCACAUCUUAAGACUUGCCAGCAGGAAUCAGAACAGGAAGCGAACGGUACGUGAGUUAAGUGAGGGUAAAUAACUUAAUAAAAAAAAAAACCAAACUCUUACUUAUAAAGAUAUACCACAUGACAGAGUUGCAACCACACACACACAAACAUACACAAUACAUACAAAAACGUUCACACUCGAAUCCAAUUUUCUAUGCAGUUUACAUAAAUUUGAUAAAUGUGAAUAUUUUAAUUAGUGAAGAAAAGAAAACCCCCAUUUACCCAGAGGAUAAUGAAAAGAAAUAAAAUGUCUUACCACACUAGUAACGUACACACAUGCACACAUGAAAACACGUACAGAAAUACAGACAUCCAAACCAGCGAACCCCUUAUAAUGAGCGACAAAGGUAAAAACAUGGAGUCUUAAAAAAAUAAUUAAAAUCAUCCAAUUAAAUGUAAAGAAAAGAUUGCUUACCAGAGAGAUAAAAUGAAAAGAAUGAAUAGAAAAGGAAGAUUCUUCUUUGUAGUAUAUUCGAUGUUGAUUUUCUUAGUUAUUUAAUACCAUUCUGGUUUGUCUUGUAUUGUCUUGUAUGGUCCAAUUAUUGAGUUUUUUUCUUUUUAAAUUAUAAAUUUAUUAUAAAAUGUCUAUUUUUUCUACUUACUUUGCUCAAUUUGUUUGUUUAUUUGUUUUAUUUUAUUUUACUAAUAUCACCUUCCUUCUUCUAUUUGCAUCACUCCUCUCAAUUUUUCAUUCUAUAAAAUUGAUUUAAUUUACUUCAAAUCUUCACAUUUUGCCUUAUUUUAAUCAUUUCUCUUACACUCGACUGUAAAAUGUGUACGGAAAUGCAUGCACACGUUCAAAUGGUAACGAUUUUUAAAUGUUUCAUCGACUCUUUGCACAACCCAAUAUUAGGUAUGCGAUUCCUAAAUCACACCUCUCAUUAUGAAUUCGGUUUCACUUCAUCAUGCCGUAAUAUAACUCCAUCUUACUAAGCAAUAAUUCAACGCAACAACAACAAACAAAAAGUCCUUGAUAAAAUUUAAACGAAGUUAAACGGUAUUGGAAAUAUUCUCACCUAUUGAAUUAACGUAAACAUCAGCAAACACGGAAAUACUUUCCACUGUGGAUGCAUACGAAAUAAGUAACAAAACAAAAGCACACAUACAUAAAACCAAGGAAAAAAGUAAGAGAGUUGUGAAGAGAACUGACCAUUAGGUGAACGAGCAAUUGGGGGAAUUUAAGUAUUAAGAAAAAUUGCAACAAGCAAAAAGGCAACAAAAAAAAAACAAAUACACACAUCCACACUAGAGCGAUCGUUUAAUUCCUCGUUUUCGAAUGCGAAGCAAGGCACCCGAAGCACGAUGAGCGUACAAUUUUCAUCACACAUUUGUAGAUAUGAACAUUGAACAAAUUAAUAAUCGAAUUACUAAUGUGACAAAACCAACGCAAUUGGGACUGGAUUGGGGACAAGGAUAGGGGAACACAAAAUCGCGAUGCAAAAGAGCAAGAACGAAAACGGGAAAUGGAACAAAAAAAAUGCCAAAAUAUCAUAUUAGAACACAAAACUCUACUACUGGUACUGCCAUUGGUGUGCAAGGGAUCUGAAUAUCUGACACAAGGGGUAGCGCUAGACGUAAAAGGGUCGUGCGAUUAUAUCAAGUUUUCACACACGAUUCUAGCGAUUUCCUUUCAGCCAAAGAACGUACGAUGAAACAUUGAUACUUACAAGAUACAGGCCACCCCAAAGGGGCAGCAGGAAUACACCAUCUGGCAACCAAACAAGCAGCCCAGUGAAUCAUGAGUGAGUCAUCGGCAUCUGACCCGUUCGGCGACAGUAAUUGAAUUGUUCUAUCGUUCUGGCGGUACGUUUGAAAGAAUCUCUUAGAGGCAAAGCAAACUGGGUCUCCCCCGUGAGGCGAAUGUGAUUUUGUACAUAUUAAACAAAAAAUCUUAGGAACUCAGAAAAGAAAUCAUAAGCAGAGUAUAUAGUGUAGUCGUGGCAAACCAAAAUUGGAAAUGGAGUCGGUUUGGCCAGUACGGAAACGAAGGGACAGGGGUUCGGUUAGAUAAGGUGUGGCAAUGGCACACAUUAAAAGCAACCACCACAACAACAAAGAAAACCCCCCUUAAACAAGUACGUUACUCAUACAUCUACAAGAUCUACAAGAAGGAGUCGCUGGGAUAUUUCAAAGAGGUUAAAAACUACCAAUAAAAUACCAGUUGAAAACGGUCGAGCGCGCAUCGGAUCAGGUUUGGGCAUCACUCAUUUCCAACCUUCGAAUGUCAAUCGUUUCGUACGUCAAAGAGCAUUCAGGCAGCGAGUAGAAGUAAAGCAAAACAGUUUAAGCUAAUUUGCAGAGUAAAGUAUUUAAACUAUCUUAUCGACAAACAGAAAACCCGACAACAAAACAACAGGAAAUAUAAAUAUAAUGCAAAAGGUUUCGUUGCAAAAAUAAUGAGAGAAAACGAGAAGUGAAAAAUAUUCAUUAGGUCCCCCCGUCACACCCCACACUCCCAUAAACGCCACUCGUAAACACACGGCAGAUCAGCGGCAUACAAAAACAGUUCCCAUGCAUCCGGUACAUAGGCGUGUUGCGUCUCGAAUAGCUAACAGAAAGUAACCGGGUUUUGUUACAUUAGUGUAAAAUACCAAGGAACAAUAUUACUUAUCUAACAUAUGAAAACCAAACAAAAAAAAACAGACAUCUGAAACUGGUUCACCAUAUCAGUAUGAGCAGUAAGCUAAAUAAAGACCACACAGGCUAGUGCAGGCCUUUUGAUAGCUAAUAGAUAUUUUUCCUACUCUCACUGUCAAUAAAAUAGAUCACACAAUCACAAGGUUGGAUGCGUCAACACAACAUGAAAGAAAAAGGUGGUAAACAAAACAGACAAGAUAAAGAAGAAAUAGUAAAAGAAGGGACAAAUAGAUAAAACUGGAAAUAUAAUUAUUUGCUAUACAAAACACCGGUUGAGCAAUAGCAAAGUACGUUAGGUAAUAUGCAGAGAAAUAAAACCGAAGUAAAACAUGAUUCAAAUGACAGAAGUAAAGAUAAAUUACAGAAACAGAGAAGAAAAAACAAACAUACCUUACUUAUGCAAAUUAACAACCACCUGUAUACAGAAAAAAAAACAACAAUAGUAAAUAGCACCGCAGCAUCAAAAACCGAACACACUAGUUAAGAGAAGUAGAACAAUCCUAUCAGACAUCCGCAAAUGAUCCGGUAAAAUCGAGGUGUGUUUUUCGAAAAAUGAAAUGAGAACAAAAACAACACUCAAACAAACAAAUAUAAACAACGCUGGAAUUAACAUACCAAAACGGACAAAAUACAUACAGAUUAUUAUCAAGGAUGGAGUGUCACAGUGGGAGAUGACGAAUGAAUGGUUUGCAUAUUUUUGUGUAACAUUACUGUAGCUUAAACAUUGUGUAUUCUUUACGUAAACCGGCGGGAGCAUUUGCGUCAGAAACACUAGUUUUUACUGAUAUUUUUUACGGACUGUUACUUAAACGUUAUGAUAUAUGUAAUGAAUGAAUUAUAUGGAGCGCGCGAUACACGGCAAUGAAGGAGUACAACCGAUCUUAAAUCACUAAUCGCAACAGCAAGCAAAUCUGUACGAGAUUUAUACUCGAAUUCAAUUCAUAACUAGCCAAAUUAUUACGAAAACUCCCACUCGAAACGAUUACACUAAACACUUACUUGCGUUACGGAUGCUACAGUGUAGACAGGGAAUUAAGACCCUGGUGUGCAGGUAGAAUGGCAAUACAGAAACAGCAGUGUGUACGAACAAGAACCAAUAGUAAUUGCAAUGUCGAAAAUGGAUUAAAAAAAACAUUAUAACAAACCACCACACGACACACGACAGGACACACCCGUUACCGCAAUGGUGCAUGUUUAGUUUUGCAAAUCAGUACGUUUUGUAAUUCUAUCAAUUCACAACCAAUUGAAACACAUAAAGACACAGAUAAAGGGUUGAAAUGAAAAAGCGAGUGAAAACGAAUGAAAAGGCAGGAACACAUACAAACAAAGGCACACAACACGGCAUACAUAGCAUACAAACGAAAGAAGAAAAACAUCUCUAGCAAGACGACGAAUACGGCAGUACGUGAGAAGGCGCGAAAUAGUAGUGUGUGAGACAGACAGUGGAUAGUCAAAUUGCGAGCGAAGGAUGAUUGAGCGGGUGUAAAACUCUGAAAAUACGUUUCUGAUAAUAAAUUAAAAAAUUGACAAAAAAUUAA